AUGACGGUGGCGGCGGGAUAUAACAUGGAUGAAACCUCCACGCUGCCCGGACACACGCAGGACACCUACCCGCCCGACCACGACGAGCACGACUGCAGCGAACGGGUGGUCAUCAAUAUCUCCGGACUGCGCUUCGAGACGCAGCUGAAGACCCUGGCCCACUUCCCAGACACCCUCCUGGGCAACCCCAAGAAAAGGAUGCGCUACUUCGAUCCACUCAGAAACGAGUACUUCUUCGACCGCAAUCGACCGAGUUUCGAUGCGAUACUGUACUACUACCAGUCCGGAGGCCGGCUGAGGAGACCGGUCAACGUUCCGCUGGAUAUGUUCUCAGAGGAGAUUAAGUUUUACGAACUCGGCGCGGAGGCGAUGGAGAAGUUCCGGGAGGACGAGGGCUUUAUCCGGGAAGAGGAGCGGCCCUUGCCGGAGAAAGAGUUCCAGCGGCAAAUCUGGCUCCUGUUCGAGCACCCGGAGAGCUCGGGCCCCGCCAGAGGUAUCGCGAUCGUGUCUGUGAUGGUCAUCCUUAUUUCGAUCGUCAUAUUUUGUUUGGAGACGUUGCCCGAACUGAAGGAGGAUCCCGCCGACAGGCUGCAGACAGUGGGGAACAGUACCCUCUAUUAUAAACCACAUAUUAUCACAGACCCCUUCUUCGUCGUGGAGACACUGUGUAUAAUAUGGUUCUCUUUUGAGCUGAUCGUUCGGUUUUUUGCCUGUCCCAGUAAGGCUGCAUUCUUCAAGAACAUGAUGAACUCGAUCGAUAUCGUGGCUAUUAUUCCCUAUUUCAUCACACUUGGAACAGAGCUGGCGAAUGAUCAAGACAACAAGGAAGGGAAGGGUGGAGGAGAGCAGGCCACAUCUCUGGCGAUCCUCAGGGUCAUCCGUCUAGUGAGGGUGUUCAGGAUCUUCAAACUGUCAAGACACUCCAAGGGACUCCAGAUACUGGGGCAGACAUUGAAGGCCAGCAUGAGGGAGCUUGGCUUGUUAAUAUUCUUCCUCUUCAUCGGUGUGAUUUUGUUCUCCAGUGCUGUUUAUUUUGCCGAGGCUGAGGAGAAGGAGUCAUUUUUCACCAGUAUACCAGAUGCUUUCUGGUGGGCUGUAGUGUCCAUGACAACUGUGGGGUAUGGGGACAUGUACCCCGUGACCAUUGGAGGUAAGAUUGUGGGCUCUCUGUGUGCCAUCGCCGGCGUGCUGACCAUCGCGCUCCCCGUGCCCGUGAUUGUGUCCAACUUCAACUAUUUCUACCACAGAGAGACUGAAGGAGAGGAGCAGGCCCAGCUUCUGAAUGUCAGCAACCAGAACCUGGCCUCUGACAGCAACUCCAGCCGUCACAGCUCGUCCAUUGUCAGCAAGUCAGAGUACAUGGAGAUAGAUGAGGAUAUCAAGAACAGCAUCGAUAAUUUCAGGGAGGCCAAUCUUAGAACUGCUAAUUGCACUGCCCUCAGUCAGAACUGUGUUAAUAAGGGGAAACUGCUAACCGAUGUGUAA